AUGAAUCACGAAGAUGGCACUGAUCCUUGGCUUUCUCAAAGGCCGGAAACGCCACCUUGGGAUGCAACAGAGUACAAUCAGCUCAUUUCUUCAGGGCCAUUGCUGCCACUACUAGAGCACUACGCAGGCAUCGGAGGUUCUUAUGACCAAACCACAAUCAGGGGGGCAGCAUGGCAAGUUUCGUCACAGGGUGCUAACGCUGACAAAUGUAAGGGCAACCAACUUCAGCUAGCUAACGUGGCAAAUCAAGGACCUUCAUGCAGCACGUGGCAUCAGGCGGCAACCAUGUACCUGCCAUCAACGUCGUACACAGGUUGUUACGGUGGAACCACAUCGGCAAACGUCUCAUGGCAAGCUUCACAGUUGCAGGAAAGCGCUAUUGCAGAUAGAGCAAAUCAAAUUGGAUUGACAGACCACACAAGAUCGGCACAUGCGGCACAACAAGAUUCACGGCUUGUUGUGUGA